GGUGUGUAAUCUGUUCUAAUUUCUUAUUUAGGUCUCUAAUUAGAAUUUUGAAUUUUCUCAAAAUUCAUCAAAAAUGUCAAAUGAAAAAUUGAAUAAGAUCUGUAUAGAUGAAUCAAACCCAAUGCUCAACGUUGUAGUGAGAUGUAAAUACGAAUUUUUGCUGAAUUUGCAAAUUUUUUUAUCGAAAUUGAAUUCGGGAAUAAGAUUAUGAUCUUGCCCAUGCUAUGGUGUAUGUAUUUUUUCUUGUAUCUUGCUACACUUUAUUUUGAUUGAUGCUAAUGUACUAUUUUAGAUCAAUUUCAGUCUAAAAAUUUUGAAAUGGAAAAAAAACAAGAAAUGGGAUUCUCAAUGAAGUUUCAACGGGGGACUCAGCGCGUGGAAUCACGCAAGACUAAUUAUUUGGUUUCUGUGUGGAGGUCAGCACUUAGAUGCAUAGCAAAUAGGGCAAUAUAAAAUUCGAAUAAGAGAAUUUUAGACCAUUUUCUCUAAAUUAAAUGUACAUAUUAAGUAAUUCUCAACAUAAAAUCACGAGAUUCCGCCAAACUCAUAACUAAAACUCUAAUUCCACCCCUGACUAUCUCUUCCUACAACAUUUUAUUUCCAAAGCUACUAUAGUCCAUAAAUGAUCAUUUUUCCUCAUUUGCAUUAAUGCAUAUUAUUUACACAUUUUUUGUCAAACUUCUUUUCGAGUAAAGUUUUGUUUGGAUAUGUAUAUACUUUAUUAUUUUAUUUCUUUUUGAAUUAUUGUUAGUGGAGGUUAAAUUUCUUCCUAAAACAGGGUAAAAAAUAUUCGAAAAUCAAAAUUUCUAUAUCUAAUCAAAUUUCAUAAUCAAACAGAUAUUUAACAAUAUUUUUUUUAAAAAAAAAACAAAAACUAGUCAAACACUAGCAUAAUUACCUAAUAUUUAUAGAUUUUGUUCCUAUAUCUCAUUCUCAUUCAAUUUCAUCCACCCCCAAAGAAAAAAAAAGAUGUUGUUGGCCUAUAUUUUCUUGAUUCUUUUGGCACAUCCUUUUUGUGUCAUUCCUACAAACACAACAACAUCAAAUGACAACAAAAGCAUAUUCAUUUUAGCAGGACAAAGCAACAUGUCUGGCAGAGGUGGUGUAGUAAACAACAUUUUUGAUUGGUACAUUCCACCAGAAUGUCAGUCUAAUUCAUCAAUUCUAAGACUAACAAAAGGACUUUCAUGGGAAGUAGCAAAAGAGCCAAUUCAUCAAGACAUUGAUUAUUAUGCAGUUUGUGGGAUUGGUCCUGGAAUGUCAUUUGCUAACUUUAUCCUAAAAAAUGAUCCAAAUAUUGGUCUCAUUGGUUUAGUACCAUGUGCUAUUGGUUCCACAAAUAUUACCCUAUGGUCUCAAGGUUCAUUUUGUUAUAAUCAAAUGGUGAAUAGGGCUCGAAUCGCGUUACAAGAUGGUGGAACGUUACGAGCCCUUCUUUGGUAUCAGGGAGAGAGUGAUACUCUCAAUCUUGAUGAUGCUGAAUCGUAUAAAUCAAGAUUGGAGAAAUUCUUUACUGAUGCGCGAAAUGACUUAGAUGUACCUUCUCUACCUAUUAUUCAGGUGGCAUUGGCAACAACAUUAGGGCCUUAUAUGAAGGAGAUAAGAAAGGCCCAAUUACGGAUUAACCUUCCUAAUGUGAAAACAGUUGAUGCUAAUGGGCUCAAAGUAGGCCCAGAUUAUGUGCAUCUUAGUACACAAGCAGAGGCCCAACUUGGACAGAUGAUGGCCCAAGCCUUUUUGGAGUUUGGUUCAUACACAAUCCAUAAUUCUUUGGAGGUCAAAAAAAAGGAAUAGAAAUCAUUAUAACUUUUUCUUAAAAUUAUAAUUUAAUUCAGAAGAUAGAGUCUGAAUGUAAUUUAGGCCGGUUGAUAUACAUGUUGAAAAAUUAUUCUAGUUUCUGAUAAAUUCUAAUCUUUCUAUUGCAAUUUAUAUUUAAAAAGUA